GUAGCGUGUGACAGAUGCAAUUCUCAUCCCAGUCCUCACCAUCAGACCAGGGGCUUGUUCGCCAUUGGCCCCGUUCACUGGACCGGCAACGCACGGCGCACUAUAACACCAUGCUUUCCUUCGUCAGACCCAGCGGAGCUCUCUCACUAGCGCAUAUCACUUGUGUGCCGAGCUGUAGACUCAGUCCAGACACGCUUCAGAUCGGCACAGAGAGGCGCCACUGAGAUGAGCAAAGAACCAGAGAGCACCGUGUUACUUUAACUGCAGCCGUACUGAAGACGAAAGAGUGGGAUAACGCAUCUUGAUAACCAGGAGAAAACAAAGCGGCACAAAGCGACUGUAAAAGACUGAACUGAAAUGAGGCUUUGAUGUUUAAAGAUCCCAGAGGAUGAGGAAACACGCUCCUGACUAAGAGGAAAGUAAGCUCAUGCCAGUCAUCUGACAGAAACAUAGAGUAAGCAAACAAAAACGACAGGCUUGUUGACUGGACUUGUUUUGCUUGGACUCUGUGCAUGGAAGCUUCAGGUCCUCCAUGGCGUGUUACUAUAUUGUUAUCAGCUCCACGCACCUCAGCAAUGGACACUUUCGAAACAUCAAGGGAGUUUUUCGAGGUCCCCUGAGCAAGAAUGGCAACAAACAUUUGGACUAUGCCGAGAAAGAGAAAACCUUGGCCAAAGCCCUGGAAGACCUCAAGGCAAACUUCUACUGUCAGCUGUGUGACAAGCAGUACUACAAGCAUCAAGAGUUUGACAACCAUAUCAACUCAUAUGACCACGCUCACAAACAGAGACUGAAGGAGCUGAAGCAGAGAGAGUUUGCCCGCAACGUGGCCUCCAAAUCCAGGAAAGAUGAGAGGAAACAGGAGAGAGCUCUUAGACGCCUGCAUGAGCUUGCUGAACAGCGCAGGGAGGUGCAAUGUGCUCCAGGAAGUGGUCCAAUGUUCAAAUCUACCACAGUGGCAGUUGAAGGCACUUUCAGGGAGUCCUGCUGUGAUGAUAACCAAGAAGAGAACCAAAGCUUUGCGGCUCAGGACAUAGGGGGUCAGAUCCAUUCCAGUGGCUGUGGUUUAGCUAGUAAGCAGUCACCAUGGCCAUACAAUGGGAGGGCCAAAAAGCAAACUUUCAGACGCAAAAUUGCAUUCUCUUUUUCCUUUCCAAAGAAAGCAUCUGUAAAGCUUGAGUCAUCAGCUGCGGCUUUCUGCGAGAGCACAGAGGAAGGAUUGAUGGAGCGGAGAAACAGACAAAGACUCCGUACACCCCCUGUCGAGCUUGACCUUCCCAGUUCCCCCACAGAGGAGAAAGAACUAAAUUGUGAGGAGGCAAUUUACCACACUGGCACACAGCAGGGCCAGUCUGUCCAAAAAAGUGACAGCGCGGAAAGUCAGGGUUCAUCAGAUAUGCCUGUGGGGGCGGAGAGCCCCUUAUCAACUGCCUCAGAUUUGUGUGCUUUGCUUGUUUAUUCAGAAGACGUGGCCAGUCCCUCAGUCUCACUCUUAACAGCAUCCCCUUGUCAUUUAAACAGUACUGAUAGUCUUCUUAAUUUAGAGGACUCUGUUGAAAGCUUGAAAAGCAGUAUUGCUGAAAGUAAACCUGAGACCACUCAGGAGGGGACAGUAGAGGAGAGCAGCAUUACAGAGAAAGAGCACUCGAUUAUCAAUGAUCCUCCUGAAAAGAGUGUCUCAGAUGUGUCAGAGAAGAAUGAUUCUCCUGAAAGCCAAGUGCGAGCAGUGGAUGCAACUACAAAGACAUCUUACUCUUUCACAAAGCCCAGUCAGCCUUUCUUCUCUGUCCUAAGCAGGGAUGGUAACACCAUCUUCCAGUGGCCCUCUGAGAUGGUGACCUUUACAAGGACAGAUCCGUCCCUCUCCUUCAGUUGCAACCCCCUCCAUUUUGAUUUCAAGAGGUCACGGAUUAGAAAGCCUGUUGAGACUCAGGAGAUGCCUGAGCCCAAAACUGAUGAGGAAUUACCUGUCUGCUCAAGUUUCAAAUCUUGCCACUCUGACAAGCACAUUGAGGAAUUCACAGCCAGUCCCAGAAACAGUCCCAGCCGAGGACCUGAAAGCAAGGUCAGGCGGUGUCAUCAGUAUUCAAGUGACACAGAGAGUUGUGUUGGACUGAAAACAUAUGACAGGUGUAGACAUUCCAAAGAUUGGAUCCACACAAGUAAGACAACAGAAAAGAAAUUGCUGGCCAGGCAUCAGCGUCAUUACAGGAGCCACACAAAAAGAAAAAGAAGGCGGCGGAAGAGGAGAAGAGAGAGACACUGGAAAACUGAGAGCAAAAUGGUGAAAUGUAAGAAAUUCUACAGACAACCUGAGUGUUUGGAAGAGCUAGAUAGCCAAUUUAGGGGGACCACUUCACAGCAAGUGCAGCCAUUAGAGAAGUCAAAGCAAUCAGCUCAAAAUCAGGCUGAGGACAGCAGCACAGCUCCCUUAGUUGAGAAUGGGGUGGGAUGCAAGAGUCAGGAGGCAGCAGCUGAUGUAAACGGCUCAGCGGGCUCUAUCAUUUCCUCUGAUGAGUUCUGUGUCGAUGGUGAAAAGGUGCUUGGGAACAGCGGGGUAAAGCCUGACAAUCCAGCUGCAGGGGAGCUAACAAUCAUAGAACAGCCAAGUUUCUACAGACAAGAUGCAUCUCACUCUCAAAGUGCCAGCACAGACCAGGGAUGCCCAAAGGUGAUGUCUGCACCAGAAGAGAUCGACAGGCGUGGACUAUAUGAGGGACACAUUUUAAAAAGGCAACGUACAGAUUCUCUAAGCAGCGGAGAUGAGGCCAGGCCAGAUGAGUUCUGUAACCUCUGUCAAUCAUCAGCUGAGAUUUCUGAUCAGUGUUUAUUAGAAGAAAUUAGCUCUGCGGGCACCGAGCUUACUUGUUGUGAACAUGGAAUAAGAAAGAAAAGACUGAGACGGUCAUGUGUCCAAGAUCAAACACCAUGCCUUGCAAAUGAUUGUCGCAGUUUAAAGAACAGUCAUUUGGAAGAUCAGGAAAAGGCUACAGAGGAGUCAAGCAUGAAUUGCCUUGUUUUAAAAGGCGUGUGUGACAGCUCAAAUGGGUCAGAUCCAAUCUCAUGCAGUAUUGAUGAUAGAGAAAGCAGUGAGGUUGAUUCUCAGACAUUUACUUCCAUUAGCUGUGCCCUGGGUCAUACUGUGGUGGAUAGCAGUGACUGGCAGCAGAGCUCCUCCUCUCAGAUCAAUGCUUCAUGCACCAAGGGCAGCCUAGCUUUACUUGAGACAGAUUUAAAGCUCUCGAAGGAACUAACAAAAGAGAACAGCAACAUCCACAGUAGCGAGUCUAAAGCAGUACAAACCCCUGUAAAGAUCUGUAACAAGUAUUCAGUGGCAGCACAGGCCUGCUUACUCAAUGCCCUGCAAAGGACUGAAAAAAACACUCACGACAAAUCAUGUCAACAUAGCAUUCAGACCCCACCACAGAGAUUUCACCUAGGCAUUCAGACUGAGGAGAUGUUGAGCAGGGAGUGCUUCCACACGACCAGCAACCUGUUUCAGCAUUCUCCAUCUUUCCAGCACCCCUCAGACGGCUUGGAGAGACACUGUCUCCUGCAGAUACAGAGCCAUGGACAGGUGCUACACCAGCAGGUGUUCCCCACCAAGCUCAAAUCUGUUCUGCCCAGGCCACAUCUGCCCAUGUCAUCUGGUGUUCUCCAUCCAGUUCACUUGUCAUCCUCUGUGCCUUCUGGCUCGAUCACGAUACGUCACACAAUCCUCCAGCAUCACACACCUUUCAUGGCCCCACAACCCCAACUUUUCCAGCAGGUUUUGCCUGUUUCUCGAUUUCCCCUGGGACCGGAGAUUUGUCCCCCAGCUGCUCCUCCCUUUGUGACCCCUCCACAAAUGCCGGUCGUGGCAGCACCCCCCAGUAUUCACCCUAUGACUGUGACAUUUCAUGCCCUGCCGCGACCUGCUAUGUUUUCACCCAUGCUACCCUCUCAUCCUACUGUCAUUCCCUUGCAGCCACUCUUCUAGUCUUUGUAUGUUACAAAAUGUAUUUUGUACUGCAAUGGUGAGGGCAACAUUGGCAGUAUUGCUUUCUUAGUAGGAAUGUUGAGAUUAGUCCCUGGGUAACAUACAGUACGGUUGUCCUUAGAGUUUGGAAAGAAUGCUGAUUGUGUGCAAUUCUGUCAGUAGAGAUUUGUGCAGAGAACAACUGUGUAAUACUUUAUUAGAAAGUGUGCAGUAUAAUCUACCUACCUGAUUCAUUCUGAUACCUAUUUUAUUAGAAAUCGCUGGCCAUAGUACAGAUUUUAACUAAUUUGUAUUACCACAAAGACUGUAGUUUAUCACAGACAAAAUGAUUAUUGAAAUACGAUUUUUAGAAUCGCAUCAUAGUAGAAAGAAAUUAUUAAAUAUCACGAAUACUUAAUUAUGUAUGCAUUAGUCUAUAUACUGUUAGAGAUAAUGACCAAAUUUUCUUCUUAUAAUAAUAAUAAUACUAUUUACAAUGACAAUAGUGAAUAUGAUGGUUGCUAUUGAUUUGCAAUCUGUAGUAAGUCCUUAAUGAUCAUAUGUAAAGAUACAAUAUGUAAAGUUUACAGAGAUAACAGUAAAACUGCAAAGAAUUUACAUAACACAGACCUUCAUCAAAUGUGUCAGUGUUUAAACCGAAUCACCCUGGUACUAAUGUAAGAUAGUACUUUCUUUUAAUAUACAGCUGCUGUGCCUGUCAAAGGUUAUAGUGCAAUGCAGCAGAAUAGCGCUAUGCACCGUGUGCUAUGACAGCACUGUGUUGAACACAUACAUAGUGCUCAUUUAUAUGAGUAGUCUUUAUGCAAAUUUAAAAACCCAUAGCAUGUAAUGGGAGCGCUGAAUGUGACUGUUGAAAGCUGAGCUGAUAUGGACAAAUUAUAUUUCUUAUUUUGCUAAUUACCGACAGUGUCAACCUCAGUACAGCGAAUACACAAACAUGCCGAGUGACAGUUUGGUUUAGGCUACAGAAUGGGUUAUGUGUGGAUUUUACUUUAGAUUUACAUGCUAUUAUUAUAACAAUUUGAAAAGAAGCACAAAAAAUUGCCAAGUGCAAUUCAACACGUGAGUGUUUCAUGUAUCCCAUAUCAUGUAUCCUGCUUGGAUUAAGACAACAUAGUAGAUCUAUUGGAUGAGUACAUGCUCUUGAACAUAGAGUACCCUGCCCUGUAGCAUUUUUUUUAGGAAAUAUUAUUUUGCAUUACCUUUUCCUUAUGCUGUUUGGAAACCUGAAUCUGCCAUGUAAAGUUAAAGCAAUUGUUGACGUUUUCAGUUUGAUUGCCAUAUUACACAUGGAUAUAAAGAUUACAAGCCUUGGUGAUAAAAUUCUCAUAAUAUGAUCAAUUGCACACAUAUUUGAUCAGAUUUUUCAUGGAAUCCCGCUAUGAAAUAAUUCCAAAACAGAAAUUCAGUUUUGUUAGCAAAGGAAUUAAUUUCUCUUGCUUGCAUCAGAUGAAAGAGACUAAACUCAAGAAAAGGAUUCAUUUACUUAUUUAAGACACUAACUACUUAUAUACUUGAAUGAAAAGCAAGUCUAGUUAGUUCAAGAAGACCAGAGAAAAUUCUGUGUGUGUUUGAAUUUUCACAAUCCUUUCAUUUUUAAAGGAGAUGUGUUCUGUAAUAAAUGAUUUUCUCAAUAGCCAUAUGGAAAGUAGACUGUACUAAAUUCAUUCUUAAUAUUUAUGAUCAACCAUAUGUUUUUACUUUUUAUUUAUUUUUGAUAUCGUUAUUGUUCUAAAAGUAAGUAAAAUAUAUACAGUUCCACAAUUAUAUUGCACCACUCUUAGUGAACAACACUGUAAAAAAAAUUCCGUAGAAAUUACAACGUUAUUGCAGCUGGGAUGCCGGUAAUUUACCGUAGAUUUAAAUUUAUGUUAUUUACUGGCAAGAGUUUGUUCAAAGGUAAAUAAAUUUUAAAUAUUAACAAGUCUUUAUCUUUACAGAAUAAAACUAUACAAUACCAGCCUCAUGCAAAGCAUUCUGGGAACCAGAAAUCAUCAUCAACCUUUUUCGUUUUUUUGCUUUAGAUUUUGUUUCCCAGAAUGUUUUGCUUGAUGCUGUUUUUUUAGUUUUACUCUGUAAAGACAAAGACUUGUAAAUGUUUAAUGUUCAUUUAACUUUGAACAAAAUGUUGCCAGUAAAAAACAUAAAUUUAAAUCUACGGUAAGUUACCGGCAACCCAGCUGCAAUUUUUACGGAAUUUUUUUACAGUGAAGACUAAGAAAUGAGGGUUAUUAAACGUAAACGUAAUUAAAAAAGAUGACAGCCCAGCCUGAUCUCACAAUAAUUUGUACAUAUUUGACAAGUUGGCUAAUUCGUAUGAAUUCAUACAAAGUUAAUCGUGCACAAAACUAUGAAUGUCAUGAAAAAAUAAUAAUGAAAACCCACCCUCAACCCCAAUGUCACAGGGGCAAAGGCAAAUUGUACAAAAAUAAAUUAUUACAAAUUAGCCACCUUGUAAAUUAGGUACGAAUUGCCAUGAGAUAGCAUUAGACAGCCUAUAGAGUGCCGCAGUGAUGAGGUAUUGUUGUAGGCAAACCCAGAAGUUAGCAGGAUACUGGUUCCCUAAAAAAGCUCAUUAUUUUUUCCUUAAACUUUUGGAUUAUAACAAAAAAUAAGCUUAGUGUUUAACAAAACUUUAAGACAGUUUAAGACUCACAAGUUUUGUCCAACAUGUUAAUCACAGAUGAACACAACUUUUAUGAAUUUUGAAGUCAAAAUUAAGCUAUUUAUAUUUCUAGUAAACACAUUUACACUUCAAAAUUCAUAAAUUGUGUUCAUCUGUGAAGAUUUUCUUUUGUUGGACAAAACGCGUAAGUCUCAUUAAAUUUUGUUCAACACAGAGUUGUUGUUCUCUUGCGAUAAUCCAAAAGUGUAUUGGAAAAAUUAAUGUUUUUUUUUUUUGCGAGGGCAACCAGUAUCCUGCUAACUUCCGGGUUCAAUGCACACAAUAAAGAAAAUCAAGAAAAAUCUAUUAAGUAGUUAAAAAGAGUACAGAGGACUUUUUUGUUAGUCUGAAUAUCCUAAAGGCAUGUAACGUCUUUGCAUAGUAUAUGUGUUUUGAAAAGAGGUGGGAUAUUGUUAUUUUAAUAUUUUGUUAUAAAACCCCUCAGUUUCCUCUCUUUUAAUUAUGGUUAGUUUUGGAAACCGCCUAGAAAGUUAUAUAAAUGCACAAUGUUACUUUCCCUGCAGUUUACUUGCUUUAAAAACUGUAUAUGCUGUAAAUCAAAACUAUUUAUAAAUCAUGUAAGAUGUACAUAUGUUUUAUGUUUUUAUUGUGCAAGGUACCCUGUAUGUAUGAAUUAUUUAGAUAAGAUAAAACAACUAUGUUUUUUACGCCACUUUGCCAACUGAAUGAUGCUGAAGUAAUAUGUAAUAAAACAAAGAAACAAGA